AUCUUCAUCGACGCUGAUGGAUUAGAUUCAUUGUAUAUUACACCCAUUUUCCACCCACCAUGUUAACCUAUCUCAUUCUGCAACUCUCAUUGAAAAGAAUAGAGAUAGACCCAUAAAUUGGAUUUUCUCAAAAUUUGCGGCUUUAAUUCUGUUUUUUGGGUUCUGGGGUGCCAUGUGUUUUAAGAAAAAUGUGCUUCCAGAGCAGCUUCUGUCGAGAGGGAACGUGUUUUCGAGAGUUGGGUGGGCGGUGGUGGCGUGUCUGAUUGUGUUAACGGGGCUGCUACUUAAUAGUUCACUUAAGGGUUCUGCGGGGGGGUCGCUGUUUCAGGGGGUUUAUAGUGUUAGUGAUGGUACUGUUUCACGGCAUUCCGCUCCUCCUUCGCCUUCAGCUUCUAGUUCUGCCGGAAAUGCUGCUGGGGCAGUGCAAUUGCAGAGCUUUCCGGGCAUUCUGGUGGGGAAUGGAGAAGUGAAUGUGUCUGAGGCGGGUGAAAAGCAAGAUUUCAUGGAGGAUAAUGGAGGUGGGGUGGUUUUAGAGGACGUGCAUUUGGGGAAUUUCAGUGAUGGGGUUAAAAAUGGGAGCUUUGGGGUGGAUGAGGGAGGAGGAGGUGGGGGUGGCGGGAUUGAACAGAUGAGCAAUGGGUCAAAUGUGGGAUUAGAUUCUCUCAUUACAGAUGAAGAAAUUUUAGCUGAGAUCCAAUUGGGGAAUUUUACUGAGGUAGUAGAUGAUGGAAGCCUAAUGGGUGAAAAUAAAAAUGCAACUAAAGCCUCUGAAGGAAAAUCUGAAGAAAACCCGAGAAAUGUUGUUACUAGGAUCACAGAAAAUAAGGAAGCAGGAAAAUUGCAAAAUAAUGGAGAUGGUGGGUUUCCCGGUGCAGAAGAAAAGGCUGCGGAGGUGAACAAACAAGGGAAUGCAGUUGACGAAAACAAAACCCCAAACGCUGAUGGGGAUCCUCAAGUUGGGAAAGUUAGUAAGGGUUCUUAUGAGGAUUGUGAUUUCUUUGAUGGCAAAUGGGUGAGGGAUGAUUCAGAUCCAUAUUAUCCUCCAGGGUCAUGUCCUUACGUUGAUAAGGAUUUCGAUUGCCAGCGCAAUGGAAGGCCUGAUGAUGGAUAUAUUAAGUGGAAAUGGCAGCCAAAUGGUUGUGAUGUAGCAAGGCUGAAUGCAACUCAUUUUCUGGAGAGAUUGAGGGGAAGGAGGCUGGUUUUUGUGGGGGAUUCUCUGAAUAGGAACAUGUGGGAGUCCUUGGUGUGUAUCCUCCGGCAUAGUGUCGCAGACAAGAAUAGAGUUUAUGAGAUUUCUGGACGGAGUGAUUUCAAAAAGAAGGGCAUUUAUGCUUUCAGAUUUGAGGACUACAAUUGCUCGGUCGAUUUUGUUGCUGCCCCAUUUCUUGUCAAAGAAUCAACAUUUCAGCGUGAAAAUGAGACAAUUGAGACGCUAAGAUUAGACUUGAUGGAUCCAUCGACUUCAAUGUAUCAUGAUGCCGAAGUAAUGGUGUUCAAUACUGGUCAUUGGUGGACACAUGAAAAAACUUCCAAAGGGGAAGACUACUACCAAGAAGGUGACUACGUUUACCCAAGGCUCAAAGUUCUCAAAGCAUUUCAAAAGGCUCUCCGUACCUGGGCUAGAUGGGUAGACCAGAACGUUGAUAGCACUCAAACCCAAGUUCUCUACAGAGGAUAUUCUGUCACCCAUUUCCAGGGAGGCCAGUGGAACUCUGGAGGAAAAUGUCACGAGGAAACUGAGCCAAUCACCGAUGAAAAUCACUUAACAAAGUACCCUUCAAAAAUGAGAGCUCUAGAAAGCGUGAUUCGAAAAGCAAAUACCCCAAUUAUGUACCUGAACGUAAGCAGGCUUACAGAUUACAGGAAAGACGCACAUCCUGCUAUUUACAGAAGACAAUACAAGACACCAGAAGAGUCGAUUGCAGCUGUGCGCUCUCAAGAUUGCAGCCACUGGUGCUUGCCUGGAGUACCCGAUACCUGGAAUGAGCUGCUAUAUGCUUCCCUUUUAAAAGCCGGAAUGGGAGUUUGGGGUAAUCAAGCAUGAUCUUGCACACAACCAUGCACUCUCCUUACAAUUUGUUAUUCUUUCUGAAUAUCCUGUAACUUGUAUGUGUUCUUUGACUUUUACCGUGAAUGGACUGCUGAUAUAAAGAAAGCAAUCCUAAGUUGUGAAUUAACAAUUAUAUUUUAUAUUUCUGAUUAUUAAAAAUGUUGUUUGAUUCACUUCAAGAAGAAUGAAUAAAUGAAAUGCAUUUUC